AUGUGUUUUAGUGAUCUUUGUGGACCAAAUAUUCUUAUUGGACCAAAUGAUGAUGUAAAAUUUAUCAAUUUUGACCGGUCUGGAAAGGUUGGAGAAGCUGAAUAUCCAGAAAGUUUAAAUCA